AUUCCCCUUUUCCCUUUUUGGGGGGAGGGACCGAAAUGUGCAAUGCGCUCGAUCUGCGAAAGACAGCAAUACGCAACACAGCGUCUAGUCUGCCGGAAAGACACACGAAUAAGAAGAAGGAGAAGAAGAAGGAGAAGAAGAAGAAGAAGAAGAAGAAGAAGAAGAAGGAGAAGAAGAAGACAGCAGGAACGUUCACAGACAAUUGGCGUCAUUCCAGUGCGUCGGCUCACGAAAAUCAUGAAAACAACAAUUAGCUUUUUGAUCAUAAUUUAAUUCAGCGUAGGGAUAGGCAUACGGUUAGCAGUGGGGUUAAGGUUAGGUUUAAAAUCACAUUUUAAGAAGAUAAAUUGUAGAAAUGGGCGGAGUUUACGGCUUUGUGGCUGUGGUAACUAGUGACGAUUUGUGUAGUGAUGCAGGGCAUUUUCAAGGUAGGCACAUCACCUUGUGAUAUUUACAAUAUUAUGUGCAGAGAUAAGCUCGGUUUGUGUUAUGUGAACAAACGGUUUCGAGGCUGGUAAAUGGGGCGUUCUGGACGUUGCUCAGUUGCAAGUGAGUCCUCAGUAUUUUCCUCAUGCAGCUACUGUAGCUGUUAGUCGAUAGUGCUUGUCAGCUGUGAUUCUGCUUUCGUUACCCACGUAGUCGUCCUCUUAAUUUCUUUCCAGGUGAUACAUGGUCGAAUCCUUCUGAUACAUUCAAGGAUUCAUUUAGAAGGAUGUCAGCCACCACCAAAAACGAUACUCUGUAACCUGCCUUUCACUAUGCCUCUCGAGUAGCAGCUGGCUAUCAACCAUCCACAUCUUUCUAGGAGAUAACCUUUCUAGUUCUGCUUUCAUCGCUCCUGAAGUCAUUUUCUAACCAAGAAGACUGCGCUGUCACAAAAGGCCAGCUCUGUGCCAGGCAAGAUGACCACAGCCAGGUAUCGGCCCACCUGGGACCUGGCCCUGGACCCCCUGGUCUCCUGCAAACUCUGCCUUGGAGAGUUCCCACUGGAGCAGAUGACCACCAUCACUCAGUGCCAAUGUGUCUUCUGUACACUGUGCCUGAAGCAGUAUGUGGAACUCCUGAUCAAAGAGGGCCUUGAAACUGCUAUUAGCUGUCCAGACUCUGCCUGUCCAAAACGAGGACACUUACUGGAAAAUGAGAUUGAGUGCAUAGUGGCUACAGAGAUUAUGCAGAGAUACAAGAAGCUGCAGUUUGAGAGGGAGGUGCUUCUGGACCCGUGCCGGACGUGGUGCCCGUCGUCGUCGUGCCAGGCAGUGUGCCAACUGAAGGAGAUGGAGGUGGCGCUGCCCCAGCUGGUGCAGUGUGCCGUGUGCACCCUGGAGUUCUGCUCUGCCUGCAAGGCUAACUGGCACCCCGGGCAGGUCUGCUCACCCCAGGAGAACAACCUGCCCAUCACCGCUUUCCUACCCGGAGAGACCAGCUCCUUCUACAAGAGUGACGAUGACGAUGGUCCCAUCAAGCGCUGUCCCAAGUGUAAGGUGUACAUCGAGAGGGAUGAGGGCUGUGCCCAGAUGAUGUGCAAGAACUGCAAACAUGCCUUCUGCUGGUACUGUCUGGAGUCACUGGACGAUGACUUCCUCCUGAUUCACUAUGACAAAGGGCCCUGUCGAAACAAACUGGGCCACUCCAGGGCGUCUGUCAUCUGGCACAGAACACAGGUGGUGGGGAUCUUCGCUGGCUUCGGCCUUCUCCUGCUGGUGGCCUCCCCCUUUCUCCUCCUGGCCACGCCCUUUGUCCUCUGCUGUAAGUGCAAGUGCAGCAAAGGGGACGACGACCCCCUGCCCACCUAAACCCCGUCUCACUCUUCCAAGCAGGUGGGCGAGGAGUCGCCCACCAUGGGUCAUCUUUCUUUUUUGUCCCUUUCUUCUGUUUCCUCCCUCCAAGCUUCUAGCGAUGCUUCAUUUAACGGGGCUGGGGCCUAGCUGCGUUGUCUCGGCCCAGCCGCGUCCCGAUCCAUCUCGCUCCACACGGUGGGAGAGGAGGAGUUGAGUUGACCCUGUGCCCCCUGGCCUGGUGGAAGAUGGGGUCACGGAGGUCAGACUUUGAGGAGGACAACGAUGCCCCUCUCUGUGGUUUGGGGGCAUGUGUACUGUAGCAGGGCCACUCUGAGGCGUUGAGGCGAGCUACAGACAGUGGUGUGGUACAGAACAGAAGAAGAGGAGGACGUUUUAUGAAGAGAAGACUGAUAAAGACAUGAUGAUGUCUGGAUCCUCUCGUCGGGGACAUUUUCAUGCAGGAGCCGCUAAUAUCGGAGGACCUUUCACCUUAACUAGUUCCAGACGAGUGUCUGUUUUUUUUGGGUUUGUUGAACACAAAGCUUUCCCCCCUCUACUCUCUCUUUUUAGCUCUCAACAUACAGGAAAUAGCACUGGAGUUACAUGUUGACAAACGUUUUGUGUUUACUCUGUUUGCACAUUAAAGACACUCCGUUUGUCGCUUUAGGAACCGGGGCGGGAGGUGGGAGGUUUUCUGUCUCUCACUCCCGUGUACAGCACGUUCUCUUGGUGAUGUCAGUGUUUUUGUAAUCUUUUGCUCUGUUCCCACUAUCAGCAAGAAGUUAUUAUUUUUACAAAAUGGAUUUGAACUCCUAUAUGUGUCUAUUUGAGAGGGUGUCCCAAACUCCCUCUCACGGCCCAAAAAGAGGACUCCUGGCCCUGUAUUCACGAAGUGUCUCAGAGUAGGAGUGCUGAUCUAGGCAAGACAAAACUGAUCCUAGAUCAGCACUCCUACUUUAAGACACUGUGAAUAUGGGCCCUGAACAUUAGUGUCCCCAUCCACACAGACGUGAGCAAACCAUUUGGAACUGGUUCUGACUUGUGUUGUCGAAUGGAAUAAUAUAGAUGUCAUGCCGUUCAUUCAAAAAUAUGUCCAUUGUCCAAUUCCGUCCUUGUGAAAGCACACUUAAAUAAUGAAUUUGUUUAAUGCAUCACAGUCAGUCAUUAAAACCUGUCUAUUGUCAGGUAGAACAUAGGAAAUUAAUUUAUGUCUCUGAUACAAAGAUGUCCUUUCAUAUUAUCUAUAUCACAUUGAUGUUGGUCAUAUAUCCAACUACUGUAAUGAAUAAUAAUCCUAUACAAUGUUUUUUUAUUGUGUGAACCAGUGGCAAACUUGCAUAAUGUUAGUGGUAUUGUUGUCAAUGUUUUCGUUGGGAGCAAGUCGAGAGCUCUCACUACAUGCAGCUACUGCAACCUUUGCAGGGAUAUAAAAAUGUCAAGAACUUCACUAGACUGUUUUGGACACGUCCGAAAACUGCUCUACACAUCACUGUAUCUAUGCAAGUUUGUACAUUUCCAAUCUUACUAGGUCUUGCUAAUAGUGUGGUCAUAUCAAGUGGUCCAGUAUGUUAUACCAGAUUCCAUGUGCCAUUAUCACAUCACAAUGUAGAAUUUCACAAAAGGGUGGUUGACUUACAUCAGAUUUCAUUUUAGGAUUUUAUUUUAUCUAUCAGGGAAGCCAUACAUUAUUUCAUCACCAUCAUUUUCCCUUAAGUUGUUCCAUCAGAACUUGUGGUGAGGAGGCGUGUACUGUAGCUACACCAUUUCUCACUCUGUAACCCAUUUAAACUCAAGAUAUCAGUCAUUGUCAUUCUGCCAUCAAUAAGCCACUUUGGAACACAAACAGAAAAGCCUGGGUGUCAGUCUGUUUCUGCUCUCUUGCCAACUCCUUAUGGAAUUGUCAGGCAAAACUGUCUGAACAAUUACAAUGGAUUAGGAAAAAAGCACAAACAAAUCUGGGAACAGGCUACAUACAGAAUACUGAGAUACUCUUCUCAGAAAUCCCUGAUUUUAAUUUUGCUCUUCCAUAUUGGUCUCCAUGUAGCAUUCAAAGAGGGGGCAUGGCAGUUACUGGAACUAGCAUUAGCCAUUCACCUCUACCUCAUGGUAGCCACCACAAACAAAUAAAAUAUUAGCCUUAACUUUUAA